CUCCCACAAAAACGCAGUGCAUACAAAAGGGAAGAGAAGAUAAUUAUGUAGUUGGGGAGUGCCUAAAGAUAAUGGUAAUUUAUGGCCCUUGUUUAUCGGAGAACUGUGGUUGGUGGGUACGUGCCGGGGGGAUUCAGAGUGCGACUGGAACUGGGAGAAGAAGCAUGGUCACUUGCAAAAUCCAGAGUGUGAGAUUCAGUAAAGCAUGCAGUGUGGCACUGACUACCUUUCUCACGACUGCUGCUGUAAUAGCUUCUGUGGCAACAGCUGAUGAACCGGAAACUCUAUCUAAUAUACCCCAAACAUUGUCCGGUGAGUGCACGCUGCCCAAAGACUGCAAGAAAACUAGAAUACAGAAACCAAAGUCGAGGAAAGCGGAAUCGUGCACAAUUAAGUGUGUCACCACUUGCAUUCGAGGUGGCGAAGGCUCUCCUGGAGAAGGCCCUUUUAACGUUAUAAGACCUCUGGUUGUUUUUAAGCAAGGGUUUCGAACUCGUCAAUACUGUUUGGUGGAAUGUUCAGAAAUUUGUAACUUGAUAAGCGAUGUUGCAGUAAGGAAAGAUAGGUAGUCCCUCCUUCAUUUAACGCUUACUUCACCUUGUAUGUAUACUUUCCUUGUGUAAUGUUCAAAUAUCUCUAGUUUGAUGGCAUCAUAGACAUUCAACUUAUGUUUGGUUUAUAGCAUUAUAAUUAAUAGUUGAGUACUUCUUUGAUAAUUAAUAAUAAUGUGUAUCUUGGUAAUCA